AUGUUUGAGACCUCCACCUCGACCUACGCUGGUGACUUCAGCAACAGCAACGAAUUCAACUCCGUUGCCGCCCCCUACAACCCCUACGCUCGUGCGCAACAACAGCAGCCCCAACAACUGUACACUCAGCAGCAACAGCAGCAGCAGCAACAACACGAUGACGAUGGCCUCAGCUUCGUGGACCUCUUCGACACGCGAGGCCGUGCCACCGACCUUCUCUCCUCCUACGUCGUAGAGGAGGUGGGCCAGGACGGACCCUUGCUGCUUGAGAAUGGCUGGGCCUUCUGGUACGACAAGUACAUCGGACCCGGCCGCACGGUCGAAGAGUACGCCGCUGCCCUGCACAACCUCGGCGGCUUUGGCUCAGUCCAGGACUUCUGGAACUACUACAACAAUCUGCCGUCGCCCAUGCAGCUGCGGCCCGGCAACAGCAUGCACCUCAUGAAGCUCGGCGUGGUGCCGCUAUGGGAGGACGCCGCCAACGUGGGCGGCGGGUCGUUCUCCGUGCGCGUGCCCAAGCACCAGACGGCCAAGGCGUGGCUCUACGUCCUGCUGGCCGCCAUCGGCGAGCAGUUCCACCCGGCCAUGGCCGCCUCGGGCGACGACGUGUGCGGCGUGAGCGUCUCCGUGCGUCGCGGUGAGGACAACGUGCUCACCCUCUGGAAUCGCGAUGCGCGCGUCUUCGACCUCUCGUCCUUCUUCGACCGCAUCACGCAGCUCGUGCCCAACGCCGGCCUCUCUCACCCGUCCUACAAACCGCACUUUGCGGAGAGCGACCUAAAGGUGAACGUGAGCACGGCCCCGUUGGUGUCGAGUCCGCCCACCUCGGCCGCCAAGUUCUCGCACUAA